GCGGGCGGUGUGCACCGUUCGUUAGCGCUAGGAAUUUCUUAUCCGUCGUGGUAGAAAUCUGUUGAUCGUCGUUGGCAGUUGUAGCUGCAACUAGUUUUGGGUAUCGUUAUUGUUACACGCGGGUGAAGCAGACCAGUAGAACCGUUAAAUAGUGGAUUUUUAGUUUCGCGAGCAGUCGGCAAUUUGUUCUUCCCAGUGCAGUUCAAAAUGUAGCACCAUGAAGCGUCAGCAGUGCGUAAUUGAUCUCGCGAUCGUACUGGUUACGAUUCCAUCACUCAUUGUGGUAGCGCUGCUGUUGGAGUAUACGAUGAACCAUACCGACUGGGCCGACCGGCUCGAGUCCCAAAUCAUUGUGUUGGGUUUGGCCGUGGCAUUCUUUGUGCUCUGCAUCAUGGUGGCACUGUAUCUUACCCACCGGGUCGGAACGUGCCUAUGGACGGGGCCACUUCCCGCUGAUCUUCACCGUACGAUCUUCACCGUGGCUCGGGAUUUGGAGAGUGGCCCACCCCCGGACUACGAUACAAUCCUGUUGGAUCCCCCGCCGUAUGAAAAGCUGGAGAAAUUCCUACUUCUGGAUGAACCACCUCCGUCAUACGCUGCGUCAGUGGCGUCAUUGGAGGGGGCUCAUAUCUGAUAAGAUUGAGACUAUUUGUUGAUUUUGUUUUUGUUUUGUGCGUACCGAAGACAGGGAUAGCUACAUUCAAAUUAGUGGUACACAGCGAGAUCUUAUGAGUGAAUAAAAUGUUGAAAUGCACUGCUAAAAGACAA